CGCCUCCCAGAGGGCUGUGCGGCAAGAUGGCGGCGGUUUGGGAACGGAGUCUCCUCGAGAUCGGAGAGUGGGAUAGAAACAGAGAGGAAUGGAGAGAUAUCAGAGCGGAGCUGGGUGUGAAUGCUGUCCCAGGAUUGAAAUAUUCCGAUAGUGCUGGAGGAUUUUUCUAUGAAGACAGUGGGAAGCUGCAAUCAGUCACCAGGAAUCGCUUCAUACACUGGACUACUUCUGGUGACACCUUGCAGCUGAUGGAACAGUCCCUGGACUGUAACCUCCUCAACAACACUGUCCGCAUCAAGUUCCUGAAUUGUCACCUGCUUCCAGGUGGUGUCCACAUACACGAGACUCAUGACCGUGUGACUCUACUCAUUCUAACCAACCAGACUGUACACAGGAUUGUGCUGCCUCACCCCUCGCGCAUGUACCGGAGUGAGCUGCUCACUGAGGGGCAUGUCCAAUCCAUCUUCACUGACAUUGGAAAGUUAAAUCUUCGUGAUCCAGCAAACAGUUUUAUGAUUCCUGGUAUCCAGGGCCACUCGACUAACUCGACAGCAUCAGCCACUUGGCUGAACAGUGAUGGAGAGGCUCUGUUUGCACUCGCAUCUUGGUCUGGAGGCAUUCUCAUUAUCCAACUUCCCGAGCAAGACGCGGCAGGCAAUCCGGUUUUACUGGAGCUCAAGCAUAGCUCAGUCAUGCAGCGCUUACUGACCGGGUGGAUGCCGACUGCAAUCAGAGGUGACCAAGGCCCCUCGGACCUGCCUGUCAGUCUUGCAGUUCAGCUGUUGGAACAUGAUGCUUUUAUCUUUGCUCUGUGUCAGGACCACAAGCUGCGACUUUGGUCCUUUAAGGAUCAGGUUUGCCUGAUGGUUGCGGAUUUGCUGGUUUUCGUGCCUGCCAGUAAGGAGCUGCGACACACUGUCAGUCUGGGUCAUAAGCUGCGUUUGGCUUACUCCUCCACUGGUUUCUUCUUGGCUGUUUACCUGCACUGCCCCAAACGUGGACAGUUCUGUGUCUUCCAGUUGGUGAGCUGCAUUGAGAGUAACCGCUACAGUCUGGAUCACAUCUCUACUCUCUUCUUCACACAGGAAACAUUGGUGGAUUUUGCCCUCACUCCCACUGAUAUCUGGGCUUUGUGGCAGGAUGAGGACAACCAGGCGAACGUACGAUACAUCAGCUUUGAGCAUAACAAUGCUGGACAAUGGAAUCAGGUCUUCACACAGCCUGUUGCUGAAGAAGAAUUAUACAUACCAGAGGAUCAGGAUCCUAAGGAAGCCUAUCUAGAAUACCUCUUUGCCCCCGGCCGGUUUACAGCUCAUGCCCUGCUGAAAGCUCUGCAGAUCUAUUGUCGAGGGGCAGACAGAAUCGUGGACCCAACUAUGGAUGGGCUGAAGAAGGAAGUAACGUUAGCUGUGGAAAAUGCGAUUCAGAACAGUGUGACCGAGUAUGAGUUCUCACAGGAGGUAUACCGUCAGCUACAGGUGGAAUUCUGGUCCAAGUUCUAUGCCUGCUGCCUACAGUACCAGGAGGCCCUGGCACGACCUCUUGCGUUGCUUGUCAAUUCACGCACCAACAUGGUGUGCCUGCUGAAAAAGGGAUUCCAGUCUUUCUUCUUUCCCUGCCUUACCAUCGAUCACCUCUACAUGUCUUCAGAUGAGUGCCUGUUUCUGGAAGAUGAAUGUUCCCUCACAGAUGAUCCAGAUGUGGCGAGGGACCUACAUCGCUUGGUGCAGUGUCUCCGGCUGGUGGGAGACGCCAUCACUCUGGAAAUGGCCUCGUUGAUGGAAACAGCAGUGAGCCACCUACAUCCCCCUGAAAAGGCUGCAGAGCAGAUCCUCGAGUACCUUCUGGCCAGAGACACUGAGACGCAUAUGGAGCUUCAAAGUAAAUUGCAGGAUAUCCGUAACCCAGGGAACGUAAUCCAGUUGCUGCUGCGGGAAAUGGACCAGGAGGGUGACCUGGACACAGGCGAUGUCCAGCCUCCGCACAUUCGGAUGAACAUCACUCAGUUCUUUGGCAGCAAUGUUGCCAUUAACAUUGUGUGUCAGGCAGUAUACCACAUGUCUGUGACUCGGUUCCUCAUCUGUCGUGACUUGCUGAUUCUGGAGCAACUAAUGUUGCACCUAGGAGACAGUAUGAAUCUGGGAGCUGGUGGCUACCUCUUGCAGCUCCAGCAGGAUCUCAUUCCUCGGACCUCUCUCCUCGUGUGUUCCUACUUUGUGGUCAGGUGGGCGAGUCGAUCCUUGGCAUCAGCAGUACCUGUCGACAUGAUGGAAUCAAAUCUGCGGCAGUUGUCUGUAUUGGAGCUGACGGACUCUCAUAUCUUAACUACCCAGCGGCCAGUCACCGGCCCAGGCACAGUGGUGGAGCUGUUCUAUCAGAAUGUGGCCAGAAAGCACAUUCUCUCCCGGCUACUGUCCCAGGCAAAUAGCCCUUUAAACCAGCCACUGAUCAACUAUACGCAAGUUGGGAUUGCUCUCGCCAGCCACCUCCUACAAUACUUAUGGGCGAAUAACAGCAGCUUUCUUUUUGCAGAGUUUCUCAUGGGACACUGCCAGUAUGUACAGCUCCAGGAGUACGUGAGGUUGCUGCAGCCUUGGUGUGAGGUUAAUGUCGGCUCGCGGAGAUUUGUGCUGGGCCAGUGUUACCUUGUUACAGGGGAAGGACACAAGGCUCUCGAGUGUUUCUGUGAUGCUGCUGCAGCGGUGGGCAGAGAGGAAUUCCUGGACAGACUCAUCCAAGUGGAGGAUGAGGAAGCUGCCUCCAAUCCCCGGGUGCAGUACUACAAUAAGGUCCUGCGUUUGCUGGAAGACAUGGCUUUGCCUGCGCUGGUACUGCAGUUGGCAGCAAUCGCGGUGACUGAAGCAAGGGACGACUGGAAGAUUUUGGCUGCGCUGUGGACAAAGAUUUUCAAGCACCAUUUGGACUUGGGCCACAACCAUCAGGCUUACGAGUCACUAACUCAGAACCCAGACAGCAGCAGGUGAGCACAUGGGAA